CGAUCGAUCGAUCCCCUUUUCUCUCUUCCUGCUCCCGGUUUCUCUUGAGAUCUUAGCCUUGUACCGUCACAAAUCUGUGGCGUCCUCGCCGUCGGCAAGGACAUUGGACAGUACGUUACCCUCCUUCCUUCUCCCUCUCUCGAGCCGGUGGGUGGGUUUAGGGGGUGUGCCAUCGCCGGAGUGGAGAGGAAGGGCUGGCCGUCCAAGGCGGCGGCGGGGGCGAGAUGCUGACCAAGUUCGAGACCAAGAGCAACCGCGUCAAGGGCCUCGCCUUCCACCCGCGCCGCCCAUGGAUCCUCGCCAGUCUCCACAGCGGGGUCGUCCAGAUGUGGGACUACCGCAUGGGCACGCUCCUCGACCGCUUCGACGAGCACGACGGGCCCGUACGCGGUGUCCACUUCCACAAGACGCAGCCGCUCUUCGUAUCUGGAGGUGAUGAUUACAAGAUUAAGGUGUGGAACUACAAGACACACCGCUGCCUCUUCACGCUCCAUGGUCACCUUGAUUACAUCCGCACUGUCCAGUUCCAUGACGAGCAUCCAUGGAUCGUGAGUGCUAGCGAUGACCAGACAAUCCGUAUUUGGAAUUGGCAGUCACGUACAUGUGUGGCGGUGUUGACAGGGCAUAAUCACUAUGUCAUGUGUGCUUCCUUCCAUCCCAAGGAGGACCUGGUCGUGUCAGCAUCUCUGGAUCAGACUGUCCGCGUGUGGGAUAUUGGGGCACUCAGGAAGAAGUCGGCCUCCCCAGCGGAUGACAUUAUGCGUCUCACGCAGAUGAACACUGAUCUGUUUGGAGGCAUUGAUGCUGUUGUCAAGUAUGUCUUGGAGGGUCAUGACCGUGGGGUCAAUUGGGCUUCAUUUCAUCCCACACUGCCACUUAUCGUUUCUGGGGCAGAUGACCGGCAAGUGAAACUGUGGAGAAUGAAUGAUACAAAGGCGUGGGAGGUUGAUACUCUGAGGGGUCACAUGAAUAAUGUGUCAUGUGUAUUGUUCCACGCGAAGCAAGACAUCAUCGUAUCCAACUCGGAAGACAAAAGCAUUCGCGUGUGGGAUGCAACGAAGAGAACUGGUAUCCAGACAUUCAGGCGAGAGCAUGACCGCUUCUGGAUCCUUGCUGCUCACCCUGAAAUGAAUCUUCUUGCCGCUGGUCAUGAUAGUGGCAUGAUUGUGUUUAAGUUGGAGAGGGAACGCCCUGCUUUCUCCGUAAGUGGCGAUACAGUGUUCUAUGUGAAGGAUCGCUUCCUCCGUUUCUAUGAGUACUCGACACAGAAAGAGGUCCAGGUGGCUCCGAUAAGAAGGCCUGGAUCAGUCAGCUUGAAUCAGUCACCAAGGACGUUGUCACACAGCCCAACUGAGAAUGCUGUCUUGAUCUGCUCUGAUGUGGAUGGGGGCUCAUACGAGCUUUAUAUUGUUCCAAAGGACUCUGCUGGUAGGGCUGAUUACUUGCAGGACACGAAGAAAGGAGCUGGUGGUUCUGCAGUUUUCAUAGCACGCAACCGGUUUGCAGUCUUGGAGAAGAGCAGCAACCAGGUUUUGGUGAAGAGUCUUAAGAAUGAGAUUGUGAAGAAAACUCCAGUACCUAUUGCAACUGACGCUAUUUACUAUGCUGGAACUGGUAACGUAUUGUGCAAAGCCGAAGACAGGGUGGCCAUCUUUGAUCUGCAGCAGCGGCUUGUUAUUGGUGAACUCCAGGUAUCUGCUGUUAAGUAUGUGGUUUGGUCCAGUGAUAUGGAGUCUGUUGCAUUGCUCAGCAAGCAUGCCGUAGUCAUUGCAAACAAGAAGCUUGUCCAUCGCUGCACACUUCAUGAAACCAUACGUGUAAAGAGUGGUGCCUGGGAUGAAAAUGGUGUGUUCAUAUAUUCCACUCUGAACCAUAUCAAGUAUUGCCUUCCUAAUGGGGACAGUGGUAUUAUCAGAACUGUUGAUGUUCCUAUUUACAUAACCAGAGUUGCGGGGAACAACAUUUGCUCUCUGGAUCGUGAUGGAAAGAACAAGAUAAUUAUGGUUGAUGCAUCUGAAUACAUUUUCAAGCUGGCCCUUCUACGGAAACGCUACGAUCAUGUUAUGAGCAUGAUCAAGAGCUCGCAGCUGUGUGGGCAAGCGGUCAUUUCUUACCUGCAACAGAAAGGGUUUCCAGAAGUUGCUCUACACUUUGUGAAAGAUGAGAAAACCAGAUUUAACCUGGCUCUUGAGAGCGGGAACAUUCAAAUUGCUGUUGCUUCAGCAAAAGAGCUUGAUGACAAGGAUCACUGGUACAGGUUGGGAAUUGAGGCUCUGAGACAGGGAAAUGUUGGUAUUGUUGAAUAUGCAUACCAGAGAACAAAGAAUUUUGACAGGCUUGCUUUUCUUUAUCUGCUAACUGGUUACUUGGACAAGGUGGGCUUUAUGUCUAAGAUAGCUGGACAGAACAACAAUUUGAUGGGCCAGUUUCACAAUGCAUUGUAUCUUGGGGAUGUUAGGAAAAGAGUUGAGAUAUUGGAGAGUGCUGGACAGGUACCUCUUGCCUAUGUAACUGCAGCCACUCAUGGGCUCACUGAAAUUGCCGAUAGGCUUGCUAGUGAAUUGGGAGAAAAUGUGCCUUCUCUGCCUGAAGGAAAAGGUAGAUCACUUUUAAUUCCUCCCGCACCUCUCACGGCUUGUGGUGAUUGGCCAUUGUUGAGGGUGAUGCGAGGUAUUUUUGAGGGUGGACUAGAUGCUACUGGUAGGGCAGAGCAGGAUGAAGACUAUGAAGAUGCUGGUGGUGACUGGGGGGAUGAAGACCUUGAAAUUGUUGAUGUAAGUAAUGUGGUUGAAAAUGGAGAUAUAACUGUCCAUGUUGAGGAAAAUGGGACAAAUGAAGAGGAUGGAGAAGAGGAAGGUGGCUGGGACCUUGAGGACCUGGAAUUACCACCUGAGGCAGAGACACCAAAAGCUACAGGUCCGUCCCGUUCUGCUUUGUUUGUGGUUCCUACACCAGGCAUGCCUGUCAGCCAAAUUUGGACUCAGAAAUCAUCUCUUGCUGGAGAGCAUGCUGCAGCUGGGAAUUAUGACACUGCAAUGCGAUUGCUUAGCCGCCAGUUGGGCAUAAGGAACUUUGCUCCUCUGAAAGCCUUGUUUCUUGAUGCACAUAUGGGCAGUCAUACCUUUCUGCGUGCAUUUGCAAGUGCUCCAGUUAUACCUGUUGCUGUUGAGAAGGGCUGGAGUGAAUCUGCUAGUCCCAAUGUGAGGGGCCCACCUGCACUCGUGUUUAGCUUCUCACAAAUGGACGACAAGCUUAAGGCUGCAUAUAAAGCCACAACCGAGGGUAAAUUCCCAGAAGCACUGAGGCAGUUUCUUAACAUCCUCUACACCAUUCCACUCCUUGUUGUGGACUCGCGGAGAGAAGUUGAUGAAGUGAAGGAGCUCAUUGAGAUAGUGAGAGAAUAUGUUCUUGGUCUUAAGAUGGAAGUCAAAAGGAAGGAGCUGAAAGAUGACGCGACACGCCAACAGGAGUUGGCUGCAUACUUCACUAACUGCAAGCUGCAGAAGGUUCAUAUGCGUCUUGUCCUCACCAGUGCCAUGGGUCUUUGCUUCAAGGGUGGAAACUACGCCACGGCAGCGAACUUUGCGCGAAUGCUUCUGGAGAACAGCCCAAAUGAGGCCCAGGCAAAGAAGGCUCGGCAAGUUCUGCAGGCUUGCGGUGACAGGAAAGAUGGGCAUCAGCUGAACUAUGACUUCAGAAAUCCAUUUGUUGUGUGUGGAGCAACCUUUGUUCCAAUAUACCGUGGGCAGAAGGAUGUUUCCUGCCCAUAUUGUGCGUCUCGGUUUGUGCCCUCCGUAGAAGGUCAGCUUUGCAGCAUAUGUGAGCUUUCGGUGGUUGGAGCAGAUGCUUCAGGACUCCUAUGCUCUCCUACACAAUCGAGAUGAGUGGUGAUGGUGGCUUCACCUUGUGACCAAGUUUGUAAGUCCAGUGCGAAGACUGUUGUCGUUAUACUCUACCAGGGAUUUAAUUACCAAGUUGUGAGGAAUAAGUAUAGUAAUUGGUUGUCUUGCGUCGUUUAUUCGUCUUUGUCCUUAUUUUAGUGUCAUGCGGCGGUGGUAAAAUGCUGUAGGAUUUUGAACAGUUCCUAUUAGGACAAAAUGAUGUAUUUAAUUGAGAUUGCACUAUAUCUUGUACCAUAUUUGCGUACGUAUGGCUGAUCUUUAUUGUUUCUCCUUUACUGAGA